UUCGGAUGUGAAACAUUCGGUCUGUUUCCAAUUCCACACACCCUGUCCGACCCGUCAAAAGUCCCCGGCGCUUUCUGGCUUCAAUCCACAUUUCCCGCUGCGGCGGUUGUUUUGAUUUUCCAUGUUAGCUACAAAACAGAUGGCAGGGAAGAGUAAGUGGUGGAGAGAGAGCGCGGUUGUGGGACUGUGAUGGCCGGAGAGUCGACGGGAGAGCGGUCUGCACUCGUACACAACCCCGCCGUCUGAAACACCUCUCCCGCCACUGAGGAACACGGCACGUUCUGCCAAAGACUCUCCCCGCUGAGGAGCUGAGCUGAAGGCGGCACAGUGGCGCAGCGGGUAGAGCUGCUGCCUUAUACAGAGCAAGAGACCCGGGUUCGAUCCUGACUCCGGGUGUUGUCCGUACGGAAGUGUAUACGUUCUCCCGUGUGACCGCGGUCCGAGCUGCGGGGACGAUGAGGCGGGUGUGAGUGAGCCGCGACUGCUGUGAGAUUGCUAGCAAUGAGAUGACCGGCACGACGGUCUCCGCUCUCCUCGGGCCGCUGGUUGUGCUUGUGGUGAUCGGGGUGUGUGUACCGGGAUCCCGAGCGGCCCCCGGGUGGCCUCCGGCCGAGGUGGGUCCGGGCUGGCAGCGGCUGUUGGAGGAGGGCAACGACUGCCCGCCGUGCGAGGCGGCUCUGUGCGCCGUUCCCCGGGGCUGCGGGGCGGGAGCGGUGCGGGACCGCUGCGGCUGCUGCUGGGAGUGCGGCAAUGUGGAAGGGCAGCUGUGUGACCUCGACCACACCAACCACUUCUACGGGCUGUGCGGGGACGGGCUGGACUGCCGCCUGGAGCUGGCCGGCUUGGCCCAAGGAGAGGUGCCCGAACCGCAGUGUGUCUGCCGCCACCACCUCGCCGUCUGCGGCUCCGACGGCAGCACCUACCCGCAACUCUGCCGCUUCCAGCAGGCGGCCAACGCCAACCAGAGCGCCAACCUCACCCUGGCUCAUCAGGGGCCCUGCGAGGCAGUCCCACAGAUCAUCUCUCCUCCGUUCAGCGUUUGGAAUACGACCGGCGAGGAUGUCAUUUUCGGCUGUGAGAUCUUCGCCUAUCCCAUGGCGGCCGUGGAGUGGCGGAAGGAGGGUCUGGAGACCUUCCUGCCCGGAGACGACCCCCAUAUAUCUGUGCAGUUUCGAGGCGGACCGCUGAAGUACGAGGUGAGCGGCUGGCUGCAGAUCCAGGGGAUCCGGAGCUCGGAUGCGGGGGUCUACCUCUGCUGCGCCCACAAUAAGCUGGGCGAGGUCUCGGCAGCAGCCAACCUGACCGUCCUCUCCGCUGACGAGCUGGGCGAGGCGGGGACUCUCUGGAGCCUGGCCCAGCCCCCGCUGGACGACGAUGUGGACACGGACGACUAUUACUGAGCACUGACCCUCGGCCACGGGAACGGUGGUGAUCGACCGGGAUGAAGCAGCGAAUUAUAAUAAAGUCACUGGCUACGACCCGA